CCAUAUUGCUUUCACCAGACUUCUAUAAAAGCAGCUGAUCUGCUCUGAGUGAAGCAGAAAGAAGCAUCACACUUGUUGGAUUUUGUUGUGCACAUAUUUUAUCCAUUCUUCACAGACAUGUCGGGGAAGUUGAUUGUGCUGUGUGCACUGCUGGUUGCACUGCUAGUGUCCUCUGCAGCUGUCGAGGCUGAAGAGUCUCACGUUCUGCAGCAGCUUCUCGCCAAGAGGGACAGAGGAAGAGAUUCGGCGGGCAGACAGGAGCUGGCGCCGCAGGCUUCCUCUGCACGGAUGGAGAGACGGGCACACCUGUCUGAGGAUGAACGGGAGAUAAUGACCAAACAAAUAAUGCAAGCCAUUUCAGAGAUGAUGAACUCUGAGUGCAUGUCGGACCGGGACUACCAGGGCUGGGUGGACUUUGGACGCCGGGAUGCAGAAUGA